AUGAAUAAUAUGUAUGUUAUUCCAUUACUUUAUCGGAUAUCAUCUAUAAAUGAUCAUGUAUCAAUUACUCGAUUAUAUCAUGCAUUUCAAAGUGCUAUCACAAAACAUAAUAUUCUUCGAACAGCCCUUUAUAUUGAUGAUACAAAUGGUAAUAUUGUACAACAUUGUUUAGAUGCAAAUAUCAUUCCCAACGAUAAUAUGAAAUUAAAUGGAUUCACAAUCAUUAAUCUUCAUAAUGAUGAUCGUCGUCAUAUGAAUGAAACUAUUGAAAAAAUAUUAAAUCAAGCUGAUUUAUUUGAUUUAUCAAAAGGACAUGUUAUUCAUUGUCAUAUUCUUCGUCAUGAUCAAUCAAAUCAUUCAUUCACUCACAAUAAUGAUGAUCUAUUGUCUAAAGAUGAUCUAAUAUUAUUUACUAUUCAUCAUGCAAUGUUUGAUGGAGCGUCAACAUCAAUCUUCAUUCGUGAUCUUUCUCUUGCUUAUCAUUCUGAUGACUCUUUAUCUAUAGAUGAAAAUACAUUGAACUAUAUAGAUUAUUCUAUUCUUGAACACAUAAUGGAUAUGUCAUUAUCUCGUGAAUUCUGGCGUUCUCAACUUGAAAGAUACAAUAUCGAAUGUUCCUUAUCAUUACCAGUUGAUCGACAACGUUCACCAACUAAUCAACAACGUUCAGGUUUAGCAUCCUCAACUGAAAUCACUUUUGAUAAUGAACUAUGCACAUUAUUUCUCAACUAUGCAUCAUCACAUCAUCUCACACUCUUUCAACUUGGAUUAUCCAUAUUUUAUGUAUUCCUAUUCAAAUUAACUCAUGGUGAGACUGAUUUAUGUAUUUCUUCUAUCAAUGCUAAUCGAUAUCGAAGUGAAUUAGUGGAUAUGAUUGGAAUGUUUGUAUCAACAUCACCACAUCGUGUUAAACUUGACCCUCAUUGGUCAUUUGAUGAAAUAGUUAAAUAUGUACGAGAAAAAUGUUUAUCAAUUCUUGAACAUUCACAUUAUCCACUUCAGCAUAUUCUUGGUGAUUUACAUCUUACUCAAUCAAAUGUAUCAUUUCUUGAAACAAUGUUUGAUUUUAUCACUAUAUCAGAAGAUGCUAGCGGAUUAUGUUUGAAUGGUGUCAAUCUAGAAGAAGUGUCGUUAAAUGAACCAUAUGAAAUGGCUAAAUUUGACUUCUCAUUAAGGUUUCUUUACAAUUUAUCAUCAAAUAAUAAUCAACUAUCAUGUUCUUUGAUUUGUUCACAUGAUAUAUUUGAUGCAACAACAGCUGCGGUAAUAGGUCGAAGAUUGAAAUAUCUUUGCGAGCAGAUUUUUGAUAGCAAAUCAACACCAGCAUCCUUUGCACAAUAUCGAAUAUGGUCUGGAAAUCAAAGAGAUGUCGAUACUGACCAAUCAUCUUUAACGACCCAUAAUGUGUCAUUUUUCUAUCGUCUCCACAGAGGAGAUAUUUUAUCCGUAAAACAACUUCGUCAUGCUCUUCAACUAACUGUAACCAAACAUGGAUCACUUCAUACAUCACUCAUCUAUGAUUCUAACAAAAAUAUACUCAUGCAGAGAGUUCGUACUCAACAAAAUAUUAAUAAUGACAUGUUCACAAUUACUGAAAGCAGUUAUGAAACAGAUGAACAACUCAAUCGCAUCAUCGAAAAUGAGAAAUGUAAUCCUCAACUUUUCGAUCUUGCUCAAGGUCUUGUCUUUCGAUCUCAUAUUGUUUACCAUAAACAAAUCUCUUCAAACAACAUUCUUUCUGAUAAAGAUAUAAUUAUCUUCAAUUUUCAUCAUGCUUUCUUUGAUUAUCCAUCAAUGAAUAUAUUCCUUCAUGAUCUUGAUCAAGCUUACAAAACAGGUCAACUCACAACUGAUAAUAAUUCUACUCUACGUUAUAUCGAUUAUGCUUUUAUUGAACAACAAAUGUCAAUGACUGGUGCAAGUAUGUAUUGGCUUGAUGCUCUGCAUGAUUGUAAACUCGAUCAGCCUUUGCCAUUACCAUACGAUCGAUAUCGUCUCAUGAAUGAACAUCGAACUAAUCGAAUAACAUCUAUCUCUUUUGAUUUUGGUCAAGAUCUUUCCCAUCAUUUUCUUCUCUAUGCAUCAUCAAACAAUAUCAAACAUGAACAUCUAGCACUUGCUCUUUACUUUAUCUUCUUAUUUAAAUUAACGAAUGGUGAAAAAGAUUUAUGUAUUUCAAUGAAUAUUGACAAUCGUUAUAGGGACGAACUACAAUCUAUAGUUGGACUGUUUGAGAAUAUCAUUCCAUUACGAUGUCAACUAGAUCCACACUGGUCUUUUCAAUAUCUAUUCGAUUAUGUUCAAGAGAUAACGACAAAUAGUAUGAAAUAUUCAUAUUUUCCACUUCAACGUAUUCUCAAUCAACAUCCAAAUGUUUCAAAACCACCAUGCCUUGAUAUAUCAUUUGAAUUUUUAUCAUCGAUGACAAGAAGGGAUAAUAAACUAAUAAUGAUUGGUGAUAGUCAACUUUCUUCGAUACCUUUGACAACGAAUAUUAAUGAUACUGAGAUUAGAAAUAAAUAUGAUUUCUCAGUUAUAAUCCAACAUGAUAUCCAUAUCAAUCAACUCACAUGCACAAUCAAUGCAUCACUUGAUUUAUUCAAUGUAGAAACAAUUGAUAAAAUAUCUCAACGAUUUCAUUCAAUCUUGAAACAAUUAUUUAUGUCUGUUGAUAAUCAAAUGAAUAAAUCAAUCUAUGAAAUACCAGUAACAUUACCAAAUGAAAGAUUACUCAUGCAAUCAAUGAAUAAUACACAAAUAUCAUUUUCAUCUCCUGUCACUUGUAUUCAUCAUGAAUUUGUAUGUCAAGUAAUGAAACAUCCACAAAAACUAGCUGUUGAACUUGAUGAACAGUCUUUGACAUAUGCUGAGCUUUUACAUUAUGUCCAAGUCUUAUCUUUGCAUUUGAUUAGAAAAUAUCAUGUUGUUCCAGGUGAAAUCAUUUGCCAAUGUGUCGAGAGAAGUUUGUCAAUGGUGAUUGGUAUAAUGGCAAUUGAGAUGAGUGGUGGUGUGUACUGUCCAUUAUCACCUCGAGAUCCACAGCAUCGUUUACAUGCACUUGCACAACAAACACAAAGUCGUCUUAUUCUUGUUCAUCAUUUAACUAAGAUGAAAUUCGAUCAUAAUAUUGUCUUACCUAGUGUCGAUUCAAUAUUUAAUAUUAAUGAUAUGAAUCGUGACAUAGAUGAUUCUUGCCUUUUAAGUAUGAUAGUGAAAAGAGAAGAGAUAGCUUACAUUAUUUUCACUAGUGGCUCAACUGGAACACCCAAAGCGGUUCAAGUUAGACACAAGAACUUUAUUGACUGCAUCAAUUCCUUCGUUUACAUUAACUUAUUUAACAGAGAUGAUACUGUUGUACAAAUAGCACGAUGCUCAUUUGAUAUUCAUGCUCUAGAAAUACUUGGUACAUUGUUGGUUGGAGGCACAUUGAUUAUGCUUCAUCCACAUGGAACUCUUGAUUUCAUGUAUUUAUCCGAAGUCUUGCAGAACAAACAAAUCACAUAUUUAAAAGCCGUACCAAGUUUACUACACGUAUUUUUCAGUUUUAUUCAACAGAACAGGAACAUGAAUGCUGUAAAAUAUCUUCGAUCAUUUUGUAGUGGUGGUAAGUGA